AUGGCUGAUUCAAACGAAAAACGAGCAGUAAAACUACCACAGAUCCACCCAGUUUCCAAUCAAAAUUUUGAGCUUGAAAGAUUUCAGCAGAUUAAAACCGAUACGGAUUCCUAUGAACAAUGGCGCGCCAAUAUUCAUCGACAAUUAGAAGAAGAUCUUCAACGACAAGUUCAGGCAUUGCUGGCGGAGUCCGAAAAACAAGAAUUGUUGAAUAAACUACGACAACAACAACUUCGAGCUGGUCAACGUCUUCCAUUUCAACAACCGGAAGUCGACAUUCCCCAAGGUGUACCAUGGAGUGAAAUCGAUCGACGUAAUCGUUCUGUUCUCUGCUCGCAAAACGGGAAAGAUCCUUCGGAAACAAAAGAUAAUUUCCCGUCAUUAAAUUACCAAAGAUCGACUCAACCAAACCACACUUUUGACUUCGAUUCUUAUGGAAACUAUCGCCGUCGUCGACGUUAUUCGCUCGAAAAUAAUGAUUAUGCUUUAGAUAAUUCUUCUUUCCAUUUUCAAACACUCGGUGAUUACAAACGAAAGUCAAUCAAUUCUAUCACUACUGAUUUAUCAUCAACUGUAUUACUACAUGGAAAUAGUAUCGUCAAAUCCAAUAAAGCAGAUAUUUUGAAUCUACUUGGUCAACGAUCUUCAACGAACACAAAUUCAAAAACAUUCGUUAAUCAAUACGGAGUUGUGAUCAGUGAAGAUGGACCGUUUUGGCCUUGUGAUUAUCGUAUUCUUCAUCCUACACCUAAAUUGAAUACGCGUGAAGUGACACCAAAAGAAGACUUCUAUUCAUCAGUCGAUGACUCAUCGUUGAAAAAAAUGCGUGUUGGACAAUCAAUUUGGUCACGAGAAGAUUUCAAUUUCACUAAUCCGAGCAGUUCGUUGAUUUUCUCACGAGCACCAAACGCUCUAGUAAAAUUUCACUCCGAUACCGAACUAACUCCUAACGAUAGUCAACAGGAGCAAGAUAGUCUGAUCAAUUCAAGCAAACGGCUGUUUUCAAAUAUUAAUUUUCGCAGUCGACUUUACAAAAAGCAUCAAUUUAUCUUAAGUGAUGGAACAAUCAAAACAACGUACUGUUUUCGCUCAACGGAAAUACCUAUUGAUGAUCACGGACCAUUUUGGCCAAUGAUUGUGCCAAUAAAACAUCCCGGACCCUCAUUUUCGUUCUUAAUACGAAAUGAAGAUAAGCAAGAACCUAAGGAAUGCUAUUCUUUAGGUACGAAAGUUCACCAAACAUUCGAUAAUCAACCGGCGAGUCAAAAAUACACUGACCCAUUCAAGCAUGCAGUUGUUGUGUAUGACGUCGAUAAAACUCCACGAAAGCAAGAAGCAAAACCGUUAGAUAACGAAACUAUUUGUCCACCAUUGAUAUUCGAAUCACGAUUCGAAGGUGGAAAUUUGCAACAAGCCAAACGCGUAGGUCAAUUUGAGUAUGAACUUGUUCUUCGUCCGGAUCUCUACACUCGACGACAUAUACAAUGGUAUUACUUUCGUGUUCAGAAUAUGAUUGCCAAUAUUACCUACCGUUUUCGAAUUAUUAAUUUAAUGAAGAAAAGUAGUUUAUACAAUGAAGGAAUGAAAAUCUUACUUUUCUCUGAAUUGGCCAAGAAGAGAGAAUUGCAAGGUUGGCACCGUCUUGGUCAUCAUAUAAACUAUAGUGAAUACAAACCACGUUCUUAUAAUUCUCUACUCGAUCGUGAUAUAAACUAUUUCGAACUUGAUUUUCAACUCGAAUUCUUGUACACGGGUGACACGUGUUACAUAUCUCAUUGUUAUCCCUACACAUUCACCGAUCUCAAAGAUGAUUUAGAUUACUUAUCUUCUACUCGAUCCCGUGAAAUCUUUCGUCGUGAUGUUCUCUGUGAAUCUCAAGCAGGAAAUUCCUGUUUUAUCGUUACUGUUACCGAUGAAUCUGUACCAGUCAAACAGAAAAAAUUCGUUUUAAUCACUGCUCGAAUUCAUCCAGGCGAAACCAAUUCAAGUUAUAUGAUGCGUGGUUUACUUGAAUUCAUCACGUCCGAUGAUGAAAUCGCUAAAAGAUUACGUUCACAAUUGGUAUUCAAAAUCGUUCCAAUGCUGAAUCCUGACGGUGUAAUCAUUGGUAAUUAUCGAUGCUCAUUAACAGGAAAAGAUAUGAAUCGUAAUUUUCGUCAUCCACGUAAACAAAAUUUUCCGACUAUCUAUCACAUUAGACAACUAGUACAAACCUUACAAAAAGAACGACGUGAAAUUUUGGCCUUUUGUGAUCUGCAUGGUCAUAGUCGAAAAUCGAAUGUGUUCGCGUACGGUUGUGAUGGAUGUGACGGACCACAACCUGACAUGAAAAGCUUUUUAAGUGCACGUGUCCUCCCGUUUAUCAUGUCAAAAACAGCGCCAGAAAUGUUUGCAUUUGACGAUUGUAAAUUCCAUAUUCAUCGGUGUAAAGAGUCAACGGGACGUGUAGUGAUGUGGAGAGAAAUGUUAAUCAAAAACAGUUUUACACUAGAAGCAUCUUUUGGUGGAUCAAGUAUUGUAGAUAAACCAUCACAUUUUAAUAUCCAAGAUUACGAAAAGUUCGGUCAAUGUAUAUGCGAAUCAUUGAGACAAUAUUUAGACAUUCUUUCAGAUUCAGCACGAAUGGAUACUAUCUUUAUGGAUAUUACGAAAUGUGUUCUUCAAAAAUUAGACAAAGAGAAGAUUCCACCGGCUCUGUUGUCCCUUAUUUACCCUGAAGAGAAACAAGAAGGUGAAUCAAUUGUGCCCAUGACAUCGGUAUCGGAUUGUUUACAAGUAUUGACACAAUGUCAUCGUACGAUCUACGAACAAGAUGCACCAAGUUCGAGUGACUCAGACAGCGACCCGGAAGGUGGUGAACUACCCGAAGUAUCAUACAGAAAAGGCCGUGGAAGCGACGAUGCAACAAAUGGCAUUGAUAUCGAGCGCGUGAGAACAAGACCAGUAGAUGACGAGACGAGCGGAGCUGCACCAAAGAAACAAUCCAGAAAAAAACGAACAGAAAAAGCCACUGAAGAACGCGUUCAAAAAUUAGCUCGCAAACGAGAGAUUCAACAAAGUCAACCUCCCAAAACAACAUUUGUAUCGAUUCAUGAAGAUGUUGAUGGUACUUCAUAUGAGCCUCUACGUCGAAAUCGUAUAUCUUACCCAUCAAUGGCAUCAGAAACCGAGACAUGUUCGCAGAUAAAACUUACACUCUCUGUUGAUCAGAUGGACAAAGCCACUCGAACGUUGCCACCACGAGGCACCUUGUUUGUUAGCAAAUAUGCAAAUCGAAGUGGACAUGGUCAACCAAUUUUUAGUACGGAACGUGCUUUAGAACGAAAACAAAAAAAACUCAAUACAGUGUUACAAGAAUUUCAGACGAAUGAAUAUGAUGCAGAUACCGAACAAAAUGUUUAUUCCAUACCUGAACAUUCCCAGUUGGAAAUAUCCAGUAUUGCUGAUCAAAAUACGUCUUUGACGCAUGCUAUUGGAAAACGAACAGCUUCAUUGGCUUCCCUAACCCUCAAUGAUUUUCUACCAUCAAUACCUGAUCAACCAAUUUCUACCAUCAGUGGUACCUAUGUUUCCCAACCAACUAUAUCUAAAAAUUUACCGAUGCGCCGAUUGCGUACCGAACGUCGUCCACAGCAAUCAAAUAGAACGAUUUCUUCCAAUGACGUAAAUCAAUUAUCACAUGUGUUGGAGAUCACAACACCUAUAACACCACAAUUGAAUCUUUCCUCGUCGAUCAAUGCUAUUGAUACAUCAACAACAGAUCCGUCGAAUCGAUACUCUUAUGAAACUCAAACGGAUUCCAGUGGUAUUAAUCAUUAUCGUUUACAAUCUGUACUGGAUAAUGUUCAUUCUUCAUUACCAAAAAGCGAUGCACCUGUGAUACGCAGUAACGCUAAUGUCAGCGUAAAAAUGCCAUCGGUAUUCAAUAGCAUCACCCAACACAAAAGAGUUGCGAAACCCAGAUCAUAUGUUUACUCUACUCAACAACUUCUUGCACCAAUCGAGCCAACAGCACGAGAACUAUCGGCCAGUAUUCUAAAUGAAAAUUCACAUCAGUUAAAUCCGAUGGAACGUGUUAGUCAAAUUGUUCAACAACUUCAUGUACCAGCUGAGAAAAGUAAACGAGUAUAA